GUGAAUUUUUGGUGGUGCCCCACGCUUUGGGCAGGGAUGUGACCUUGAGUGUUUGAGCGUGGUGAGAAAUUUUUGAAAAGUCACGGAAGGGGUGCGUCCGGCUAUCGCUGAAUUUCCUCGGGAAGUAAUACCUGAAGCUGGGAAAGGCGGAAAAACUUCAGAAAAUCCUGUAAAUUUUUGUACACGCAUCAACACCGUACGUCCGGAAUACGUGAGUUUUGGUGGUGCCCCACAGUUUGGGCAGGGAUGUGACCUUGAGCGUUUGAGCGUGGUGAGAAAUUUUUGAAAAGUCACGGAAGGGGUGCGUCCGGCUAUCGCUGAAUUUCCUCGGGAAGUAAUACCUGAAGCUGGGAAAGGCGGAAAAACUUCAGAAAAUCCUGUAAAUUUUUGUACACGCAUCAACACCGUACGUCCGGAAUACGUGAGUUUUGGUGGUGCCCCAUGGUUUGGGCAGGGAUGUGACCUUGAGCGUUUGAGCGUGGUGAGAAAUUUUUGAAAAGUCACGGAAGGGGUGCGUCCGGCUAUCGCUGAAUUUCCUCGGGAAGUAAUACCUGAAGCUGGGAAAGGCGGAAAAACUUCAGAAAAUCCUGUAAAUUUUUGUACACGCAUCAACACCGUACGUCCGGAAUACGUGAGUUUUGGUGGUGCCCCAUGGUUUGGGCAGGGAUGUGACCUUGAGCGUUUGAGCGUGGUGAGAAAUUUUUGAAAAGUCACGGAAGGGGUGCGUCCGGCUAUCGCUGAAUUUCCUCGGGAAGUAAUACCUGUAAGUAAUUAUUGAAUCUUUGGAGUUCUCUGUCAAGCACAACAUUCAUGAAAUUAUUGAAUUCUGUCAGAAAGCUGUCAGCGUGUUGUGAAAAUAUUAUUGCUUCACCUCAGGAUGGAUAAGUCAGGUGAGGACGAUGAGAUGUCCUUUGAGCUAGAGGAAAAUCCUAUGGAAAUAUCUACUGAAUUUUCUCUACAAACAUCAUCUGCAGCAUCAUCUACGGUAAAUAACAUCUUUAAAUUUGUACAAUUAAAAAUUUUUUUUCUAUAAUUUUUUUUCAACACUUAGCUAAUCCUUAAUUUCAUUUAGAGAUCAAAGUUUGUCAAUUUAUGGAAUACGCUUUACAAUUGCGGGAAGCAUUUUUAGAGUUGAUAUUUUCUAAGAUGAAAUUAAGAAUUUUUAAUAUAUACCUAUUUUUUAAUUAUAGGAAACUUUUAAUUCAGAAAAGGAUUGUUUCAUUUGCGGAAAGAUAGCCAUUGUUUCUUCAAAAAUACCAGUAAAGAAAAGGCCGGCCGUACAUAAAGUAAAAAAUCUCGAUUCAAUUCAUGCCAUCUUGAAACAUGCUCAGGAUAGAAAGGAUGAAUGUGGAAAUGUAGUGGCCAGGAGAAUUUUAAAUAUGUCCGAUGAUGAGGCUGCGAACUGUCAUUACCACGACAAAUGUAAGACAACAUUCUUGAAAACACCUCAAAAUUCGGAUGCAGGAAUUGGAAGGCCAAAAGAUGAUCUUAAAUAUAAGACAUUUAUUAAGCUGUGUGAAGAACUAGAUUCAGAUUUGGAUGGCGUUUUUUCACUUGAAGAGUUGGUAGAAAGGAUGAAAAUAAUUGGGGGUAAAAACACUUAUUUGUUGAAAAAAUUUGUAUUUUUUUAUUGACUAAUACCGAAUUAAAUUUCCAGGAGAAAAUUCAGCUUAUAAAGCUUCUUAUCUGAAGGAGAAAUUGAGUGUCCAUUACGGAGAUAAAAUUUUUGUCUCUAAUGUUGUUGGACAAUCUUCAGUGUUUUGUUUCAAAGGUAAAGCCGAUGACAUGGUUUUUGAUUUUUGGAAAAAUCAAAAAUCGAAAGAUGAAGUUUUAGAUAUGCGCAAACAACUAUUGAGAAAGGCUGCGAAUAUUCUAAAGGAGGAUAUUCGAUCUAUGAAUGUUGACAUCAGCAAUUACAUCUGCGGCGAUGUGCUAAAUGAUACUAAUGUGGUUCCAAGUUCUCUUCGAGAAUUUGUCUCAGAGAUUUUGGAUGUAAAAAGCUCCUCCCGUAUAAGACCCAAAGAAGCACUCAUGCAAGCUAUUGUAUCUGUAUGUCGGCCAAGAUCGUAUAUACCUCCUCUACUACUAGCUCUAGGAGUCUAUAUACACCGCCACUUCGAAUCCAGGCACCUCAUUGAUCUUCUGCAUGUGCUUGGAUUCUCCGUAAGUUAUGAAGAAGUCCAACGGUUUACCUAUUCUGCCAUUGCAUUGAAUCGUGGUGAGGCAAGCGAACCAAAUUCUUUAUCAGAGUUUGUCCAAUUCGCGUUUGAUAAUGCAGAUUUUAAUAUACGAACGUUGGAUGGACAUGGAACGUUCCACAAUAUGGGUGGAAUAAAGUAAGUAUGUGUAAUACAUAAAGGAGUUGAUAUUUUUUUAAAAUAAUUUUAUAUCUGAUUAUUAUUUUUCAUAUAGGUGUGUGACACCAAAGGUUGUGUUAAAAAACGCAUAUAUUAUUCCGCGUGUCAUGGGCACUCUUACAUUUAAAGAUCUCAAUGAAGGGCAUAUGCCAAUAAGGCAUUAUAAAAAGCCAGUGUCUUCAGGUUUAAAGUCCAUAAGUAUCCAGGAAAUCAAUUUGAAUGAUGGUUUUGGACUUUGGAAAAAAGGAGAGGCAAUGGACUACUUUUGGUUGUUUUCCUAUAAUAUUUCAAAACCUCUAAAUCCCAAGCCAGCAUGGAAUGGAUACAUGCAGAUUGUAAUGGAAACCUCUUCUCCAGAACACGAGAGUUCUUCAAUUGAAAUUGUGCCGUUCAUUAAUUUGCCACCUGGAGAUCUCAGUUGCAUUUAUACCGCAUUGAAAUUUGCGACUGAACAAUGUAGAUUGCAGCACCAAAAAACAUGUUUUGUGACCUUCGACCAACCUUUGUACCUGAAAGCAAGGGAAAUUGCAGGCGCGUUGGAACAUACGAAUGAUCUUCCUGGUCUUAUAGUGCGGCUUGGAGGGUUCCACCUUCUUAUGAGCUUCAUCGGCGCCGUUGGAUAUGUCAUGACGGGAAGUGGGAUAGAGGAUAUGUGGGCGCAAGUUUACGCUUCUAAUACAAUCCCACACAUGAUAACGGGUCAUGCAUAUUCACGCUCCUUAAGAGCUCAUUUUUUGGGACAAAUGGCGCUUGCAAAAUUGAUAUUUAAAGAAUCCGCUUUGGAGAUUAAUUCUUUGCAAAAUGCGACAGAAGACAUCUAUACUCGUAUGGUGGAUGAAAAAUUGUCCGCCGAAGAUGCCACCAAUGAUGAAUGUAUCCAACUGCUUCAUGACAUUAUAUCCCGCACAACGGACAGUUUGUCGAAAAAGAAUAGAACCGCCAAAUUGUGGAUCAACUAUUUUCACAAUGUGAAUAUUAUGCGGCAAUUUAUACGCGCCGAACGCACAGGAAAUUGGCAACUACACUUGCAAAGUAUUGAAGCAAUGUUGCCUUAUUUCCACUCAUCCGGCCACUUGAAUUACGCCAAAUCAGCGCAUUUGUAUCUACAGGAUAUGGCAAAUUUGCAGAAUCAAAUGGAACCUGCAGAAUAUCAAAAUUUUACGGAAAAAGGAUAUUUCGUUAUCCGCCGUACCAAUAAAUUUUGGAGCGGCGUGUCCGUUGACAUUACUAUUGAGCAGGAACUAAUGCGUUCAUUUAAAACAAGUGGAGGUCUCACCCACGGCAGAGGCAUUAAUGAAGGGACACUCUCAAAGUGGAUUGGAGGUAUUCGCCAUUGUAUACCUAUAUGCAAUUCUCUGGAGGAAUUUUGCCAACUCAAAAAUAUAACUUCAGAACAGCAUGUGGAGCUACGUGAUAGUAGAAAGUCAAGAGACUUUAAAGAUGUACUGAGCUUUACCACAUGGCUCGAACAACGCGAUCCGUUUGCAGAUAGACCCGAAAAUGAGUUGGCAUCAUUGUCGACAGGAAUAAUAGGCGAUGAGUAUGUUAACUGUGACUAUGCAUUAGAAAUAGGAAAAGAUUCUAUAAAAUCAAUGAUCGGAAAGUCGUUUACGGAUGUUAAACUAAAGAGGUCAAGUAAGGUCAAGCCUCUGUCAGCUAUGUCCAAUGUGGCUCUUAUCGGAGGUGACGAAGUGCAAAUCAACAAUGAACUACUAAUGAGUAGAAUAAUGUGCCUUCAAGAUCGUUUCAAUACACCCCUAAGUACAUUCCUGGAAUAUGAACUUUCUCCUCGACCGCUGUCCCUUUUUGAUGAAGUUUGUAUGCGUAAAAAUGAUAAAUCGGCCAUAGAAAAACUGAUUCAAAAAUUUGCUCCAUGCACCUCAAAUCCUCCUGAAAAUUGUCGGUUUAUAAUUGACGGAGGAUAUUUGAUGCACGCAGUCAACUGGCAGAGACCGGCUACUUACAAUGACAUUUGCAACGCUUAUGUUGAAUAUGUAAAGCAUCACUACGGAGAGGAUUCCAUUGUUAUUUUCGACGGAUACAAUGAUUCUCAGUCAACAAAAUACGUGGAACAACAACGAAGAUCCACGAAAAAGUCGUCAUCCAAUAUAACAGUGAAGUCUGAUUACCUCGUUACCACGACAAAAGAGAACUUUCUGGGAAAUAUUCAAAAUAAAGCAGCUCUGAUUUUAAUGCUUGCAACCCAUAUGCAAAAAGCCGGUAUAUGUGUGCUACAAUCUUUCGGUGAUGCUGAUGUACUAAUUGUUAAAACGGCGAUUGAUGUGGCUAUUCAAGGAAAUGUAAUAUCAGUAGUGGCUACGGAUACGGAUAUCCUAGUUUUGCUUAUUGCAUUAGCACCAUCGGGUACAUCUCUUUUUAUGGCGAUCCCAAGUUACAAUAAUAGUCGAUGCCAUUCUAUCACAAAUGUGCAGAACCAAUUGGGACCUUUCAAAGAAAUAAUCUUGUUUGCCCACGCAAUUUCCGGUUGCGACACAACCUCUGCGAUAUUUAGAAAGGGAAAAAAUAUAAUUUUCCAGCUUCUCCAAAAAAAUCCCUCGCUUGUAGAGAAGGUUAAAGUCUUUAAUGAGCCAAAUUGCACUCAAAAUGAAAUUGCAAACGCGGGAGAGAGCUUUUUCCUUGCUUUGUUUAGCGCCGGAGAGUGCAAAGAUCUGAGCAAAUUGCGGAUUAUUCUAUACAAAAAAUCAAUUGGAAACAAAAAAGAUAUAAGUGACAAAUUUGAUUUCCGCUCAUUGCCACCCACUUCUGGAGCGGCUAAGCAGCACUCACUCCGUGUUUAUUACCAGGUAAGAAAAUUUUCAAUUUAUUCGUUCAAUAGAAAUAUAAGGUUCAUUCUCCUGCAAUUUUUUGAAUGCAUGUAAGUGAUUUUAUAUAAUUAAUAGUAAUUCACUAUAGGUCCAGCAAUGGAUGGGACGUAAUCUUAAUCCCACGGAGUGGGGUUGGACUCAAAAAGGAAACCAUUUGCUACCCAUCCCAUCAGAAUGUCCAUUCGCGCCAAUGAAUUUGCUAAAGCUAAUAAGAUGUAGUUGUAAAAAAGAGUGUAAUAUCAAAUGCGAGUGUCGAAGGUCAGAACUCAACUGCACGGAUAUGUGUAAGAAUUGCCGGAGCACAGGAUGUUCGAAUUUUUACCAUGAUAAAACAGAAAAUCAUGAAAUAGAUGAUAAUCCAAUAGAAUCCUGGAAUUAAACUUUUUUUUACAUGACAAUGGAAAAUCAGUCUAGAUUUAUAUAAUGUAUAUAAUAUAGAAAUAUAAUAAAGAAAUGUAUAAAAAAUAAUAAAGGACGAAAAUCGAUAUGGUUGUGUGUGUGUUAAAUAAAAAAAAAAGAAAA